AUUUUAGAUUAAGUUUAAAUGGCCGGCUUGAUUCCUCAACGAAGUGUGUCUGGUAAUGUGGCCGGCUCGCUCGGAAGAAGACCAGACUUUCAGAGUUUCAAGUCGAACAGCCACAACAACGCUGUCGUCAGCGGUUUGAACGAUCUUCGAGAAGACAAGAUCCUCUGUGACGUAACACUGAUAGCGCAAGAGCAACCAUUCUUAGCUCAUAAAAACGUUCUCGCUUCUUGUAGUCCUUAUCUACGCAAUCUCUUCAACAGCGAGGAUGGAUUUAAGAACGAACACGAGGUCGUUGAAAUCCGAGGUGUGAGCGCUGAUGGAUUACGUCACGUCAUUAACUUCUUGUAUACAUCUGAGCUUCAACUCAGUAUGAGGAACGUACAUUGUGUGUUAUCUGCUGCUGGUCAUAUGCAGAUUAAGCCCAUACUUAACUUCUGCAAGACGUUCUUGGUAGGCGAGAUAUCAGUUUACAACUGCGUUGACAUCAUUCAUAUCGCGGAUAAAUAUACAUUAGCUGGGGUGGAGGAUAAGGCUUAUAGUUUCAUUGCUGAACAUCUGAACGAACUUGUUAAAACAGAAGAAAUUCAGAAAUUAACCAUCAACAACAUGAGUCUCCUCCUGGAUUCGUAUUCGCUAAAAAAUGUUUCUGAACUUGAAUUGUUUGAAGCAGCAAGGCAGUGGUUGCUUUAUAAAACGGAGAGAUACCAACAUGUGCGAACAUUGAUGGAGAAGAUUCAUUUCCCGCUCAUUCCUCCUCGUGACUUGCUUCGUUACGUUAACUUUGUUGAGUUUAUGCGAGUGGAAUGCAACUACUUGUUACUUGAGGCUUCCAACUACCAUAUGUUACCGCAUUCGCAACCUAUUCUGCAGUCUGUUAGAACACAGGUUCGUUCGAACGACACACGAAUGGUUAUCAUUGGUGGAGUGGAUCCGCAUGACCGAGUAUCCAACCAGUUGUUUGCGAUCAACAGCGAUAUGUCAAAGUCGGAGUUUCUUCCCCCGAUGCAUGAAGGAUUGUGCAGCCACUGUGCUUGUGUUAUGAACAACUUCUUAUACGUGGUUGGUGGGCAGAACAUGUUUGAUGAAAGAGGAACGACUGCCGUCAACUCUGUCAUUAGAUAUGAUCCGAGGUUCAACAUAUGGAUGAGAAUCGCUUCCAUGAACGACAAGCGAGCCGGCUUCACUGUCAGUGUGGUGGAUAACAGGAUGUAUGCAUUAGGUGGCGUCAACGCUGCUGGGCGAAUGUCAUCAAUGGAAUGUUACUCGCUCGAGGAUGAUCGUUGGCGAUAUGUAGCCUCCGUGCAGACUGGUCUGUGCGACCAUGCGCAGUCAGUUCAUGGAAAUCUUAUAUAUAUAAGUGGGGGCUUCAAGGAGGGAAGAUUCAACAACCAACUGUUGGCUUACAGUCCAAGACAUGACACCUGGCAUGAGAGAACUCCCAUGCACUUUGCAAGAGGAUGGCACGCCAUGGUUGCAUUUGGAGACAGUAUAUUUGUUACUGGUGGCAAUGCUGGUUUGAACAAGAGAGUUGAUAUUCAUGAAACUGAAAUCUAUAGUGCGAUGUCGGACCAAUGGACACUCGUGGCCCCCCUACCCCUUCCCCAUAGUGAGGGGGGGUGCGCUUAUUAUGAUGGAAAGAUAUUUGUGGUUGGUGGGUACAGUUGGACACAACAGAAAUGUUUGAGCACGAUUCAGUCUUACGACCCAAACAAGGACCAAUGGGAGAAUCCAGGAAAUCUUCCAAUUGAGUUAUCUGGUGUUCGGUUAGCCAACCUCACUAUACCAUACACUGUGUCUCCAAGGAGUGGCUUGACACAAGGUAGUCACGUGCCGCUGUCAUGGCCCCCGAAGCCGGGCCAAGCCAGGUUUAUUGAACAGCAGGACCCCCGCAUGAUGAUGGGAAACCCCCUGUUUAACCCCGCAGGGGGACCCCCGAUAUCUGGGUUCAUGGACCCAUUCGCUAUGAAUGACAUGAGGGACGCAAUGAGCGAAUACACUCAAUCAAGUAUGGGAAGAUUUGCUCCACCACUUUCAAUGGGCCGAGAUGGAAGAUUACCGACCGCGAAAGACUUACGCGCACCAAUGGUUCGUAACAUGCCGCUAGAUGUGGGCAAAGAGUACAGGCUUGCGAGUCAGGAAGGUUCAAGUAUUUACAGCCACCCACGUAGCACAAGCAUCGAUGACGGAAGCAGUAUGUCGUCACGUCCGCUCACUGGGUACAAAGACACAGAAACCGACGCGUCCGAAGGUACCUCUAUGAUGUCACAGAAGGACAGCACUCUCAGAUCCGACGAAGGAAGAAAAGCGAGACAAUCAGAAUCAUCGGACAGUGACAGCGAUGACGACCUCAAAUCUGGACCAAGUUCAAUCGUCCAAUCGCGCUCGAAGAGUACAGACUCGUUGGAAGAUUCGCUGAGAGCUUACCGUUAAUUUAUUUAUGCCUGUUGUACCUAUUUCGUGUAGCGUAUAUAGUAGGGUGGGGGAAGAUGGGACAUCUUUCAUUUCAUUUUAGUGUCCCAUUCGGUAUUAAAUAUAGAACAUUCAAAGAAUUAUAAAAUCGUAUCCUCACGACCCCCAUAGACCGUUGUUAUUUGUUUAAAACACGUUCAGGAUAUUUGGAUAUUAGGUGCUGAAUUACGUUACGUAAUAUAUGACGUACUUUCCCGUACUUAUAAAGAACUUUCAUGACGUGGGUAAAGGUCAACUGGGGGUGCUAAGGAUGUCCUGCCUUUCCCCACCCUACUAUAUAUUAGUUGGAUAUUUGCUUGAACUUGUAAAAAAAAAAACUACAAUUUUGGGUAAACCGUUUUUUUUUUAUCAGUGGUGUUUAAUAGCUUAUAGGUUUUCGUCUAAAAUUAUGUGAUUUUUGCAACUUUUUAUACGUCAUCCAAAUUAGUACAUGAUAAUAAAUAUUAAGGUUUGAGAAAUGUUGGAUUUUCUGUUCUUCACGGAACAAAACACGGGCCUAUUUACACCAGACUCUGAUUUACACCAAAACUUUUGUGUUUCCGCCUUACUAUGCUUCCAUAUAUUUUACCGUGCAAAUAUUUAUGUAAACUGAAAAAAGGAACAAAUAUAUUCGCAAUGAAAUAAAAUAUUCCAUGAAACAUCA